GGCUGCUCCAACGCAGCACUUCUCAGAAUCCGCGCGACCUGUGCAGCCGCUGAAGUCCGUGGCUGCGUGACCUGGUGACGUCUUUUCUGACUGAGCUCACGCAGUCAGCACCUCCGGUCACAUUAUUUUUAAAGUAACAAAACCGGUUAUUCACUGCCAAACAUGAACUUUAUAUGUGUAAUGACUGCAGUAUAGGAUACUGACCUUAAGGUUAGGAUUUCGGUGUAGGGAGAGGAUUAUUCGUUGUUUUAUUAACAGUAAUAUGAUAGCCAAUCAGAGUGCAGUGUCCUGACAUGAGAAUUUUGUGUUAACAGUAAGUACAGGUCAGGCAGACUGCGAACUGGAACGGAUUUUCAGCAGAUUGGUGAAAGUUUGAAUGUGGUGAACGCAAUCACUGCUUGUAGUGGCUGUGGAAGUAGAGAGUGCAUUUGAACGAAAUGUGAAAAAACAAACAAACAAACAAGCAAACAAAACGGCAAGUCUAUUUAGAAACAAAACCAAAACAAAUACACACACAAAAAAAUGAAAGCAAUUAUUCAGAGGGUUGCUAAAGCCAGCGUGACAGUGGGAGAGGAACAGAUAAGUUCAAUUGGAAAAGGGAUUUGCGUGUUAUUAGGGAUCUCUGUGGAGGACACCCGAAAAGAUACUGAAUACAUGGUUCGAAAGAUUUUGAACCUGCGUUUGUUUGACGAUGAGAAUGGAAAGCACUGGUGUAAAAGUGUGAUGGAUAAACAGUACGAAGUGCUUUGUGUGAGCCAGUUCACCCUGCAGUGCAUCCUGAAGGGAAACAAACCUGACUAUCAUACCGCCAUGGCAGCAGAGCAGUCCGAGCCAUUCUACAACGACUUCCUUGAGCACAUGAGGAAGACUUACAAGCCAGAAGUGAUUAAAGAUGGGACGUUUGGAGCCUAUAUGCAAGUACGUAUUCAGAAUGAUGGACCCGUUACUAUAGAGUUAGAAUCGCCAACUGGACCCGCUGAUCUAAAGCAGGCAAAGCUGGAAAAGCAGCAGCAGUGGAAAGAAAAGACCAGAAGCAAGGGCCCCUCCGAGUCAGGCAAGGAGAAAGCCGCCUCACGUGCUGAAGUUGACCCCAGCACAAGCAGUGGAGCCGAGGGGGAUGUGUCAUCAGAAAGAGAGUCUUAGCCCUUUCCAGCCCACAUUUAUUUCCAAGUCAUUCAUAAAAUUACAUAUGCAUACAAUAAAUAUUAGAAAUGAGUUAAUUUGAGAUCAUUGGGCAACGCUGAAGUAAAAACACGUAAUUGUUUUUGUAAUUUUAUAAGAUUAUGUAAACAUUGUAAAAUACGUGUGUAGUAUCAGAAUGCUCUAAAAACAUUUUUAACAUAACUAUUUUCUCAAGCACAAACUAACAAGAUUUUUUCCUCAAAAAUUAAUAUCUCAGUUUGCUAAAAAAUAUUUGGUGUUAUCACAAAGGUAACUAAUUUAAAAAGCUAUAAUAAAACAUAUCCCUUUCCUAUCAAACAAAACCCUAAACUUUAUUAUAUUUUAUGUUGUUGAGUGUAACAUUCAUACUGUGUGUUUGCUUUUUUAAGCAAUUCCUGUCUUUUGUAGACACAGAUCCAAUCCACUUUUCCUCAUCAGAUGCAGGAGUAGGAUUUGAUACAGAGCUUACACCUUUGCUUUUCCUCCACAUGCUGAGGCCAGUGAGCCAUCCCAUCAAGUCACAUCAUCCACUGGUCUCUGGGAAACCUUGUGUCUAGGUGCAUCAUCUUCUAGGUAAUCCAGGGACUAUUUUGCACUCCAGGGACUUGCCAGCUUGAAGUAAUGCAUGGGCUACUUCAGAUUCAGAAGUAGAUUUUUAAGUUUUGAUCAGAUGGAAGACCUUCUACAAGUCUCAGCACAAUGUCCUCACUUAUGCCAAGGGAGGACUUCUCAGUGGUCUUUGUGGUGCCCUUGCCAACAUAAACUUCAAAAUCACAGACGAUUCCACUUAUUCCUGCACGGACAAAAUACCUUUAUCCCCCACUUGUGAGGCUUAUUUUUAAUAUAUUGCUUCAAAGAACGCCUUCCUUUGAAUGGGAUGAUCAUUCCAUCAAUUGAGUGGUUCUCCUCAAUAGGAAUUGCUUUUAGGUUUUCUUUGACUAAUGUUAGAAAAGGGCACACUUUGAAGAGUGGAUCAUAUUGACAUAAAUACGAUUAUCAAUUGAUUUAAAUAUUUAAAAAAUGUAUGCAUAAAAUAGAAGAUAAUGUAAUGAUGUCAUAGGGUGCACAGUACGGCAUGCAGCAGGUAUUGUGCAUAAUAGAGGCCCACUGACUCCAUUUAGAAUCACACAUUUUCAAACUUCAUAAAAAUAACCAAAAUAAUUGUAAGUCAUAAAAAACAUUUAGACUCUGUGUACAUACAUCGACUUAAUAUUUUGUUAACACAAUAACUGCAAUAAUUAAAUAAAUCAAUGUUCGAAUAAGUUAAAUUAGGUUAAGCAUAAUACAAGAAACACAUACCUUCAAAUCGUACACUCCAAGUCACAUGACCAAGCAAGCCCCCUCUCUCUCAUAUCCAUCACCAUUGGUCAAAAUUAUAACCAAUUAGUGCCUGUAUUACUACCAAUGUUCACACGUGUUUUUCUUGAGCAGAAACGGUGCAAUCCUAGCCCCUGAAACAACGAUUCCAUUUGGAAUCGCUGCUCUGGAAAGAACUGGAGCGCGGUAUGCUUUUUCAAACAGAAGAGAUUACCUUUAGUCCUGCUUCCCCUGACAGCCACACUUGUUCAAAUAUCAGUUUCCUGCCUCGGUUCAUCAUUUCAAAGAGGUGGUUGUUGUUCCCUCUAUCUCUUGUGUUGUUGAGGUUUGGGAGCUGAAGCUAGAGCUCCUUAAAUAUAUCUUACUUCAGGAAGUGUUUCCCAGAUGAGCACAGAAGCAGAGAGAGAAUGUCAUUGUUAUACAGAGUUGCCAGACUUGGGCUCAGAAUUCUAUUUAAAUAAUCACUACUUAAAAAAAAGUUUUGCACAAUUUUUGUGGUUGUUUAUAUAUUAAUACAGUGUUCUCUCACUACAACAAACCUGUUGGGGUCCAAGCCUUUUGUUCGUUAUAUUGAGGGGUUUGUUGUAGCGAAAGGACAUUCAGAAUGAAGGAUAAACUUGGAGUAAGUUAAUGAGAUGAGAUUGUGAAUAAAAGUAGAAUUACAUGUACCUGUUUGUCUCAUGUAUGCAGUGCUCUGUCUUUGCUUUAUCCUAUUUGUUAAAGAAUUAAAACGCAGUACAUAUAAAGCAAAAAUCCAGAAUUGAAGCUGAACUUUUCUUCAAAAUCAAUCUAACACGAAUCGUUUCAAAGUGCACCCAAUCUUAAUCCAACAUGCGAGAAUCCCAAACUGAACUUUUAUUCCAAAUCAACCCGACAUGAACAGCUUGAUAAAGAGAUACUAAACCGAAACAAAGUAAAAUGACCCAAACGGCCCUUUCACCUGUUGUGGGGAAGGGCAUAUUCCUUUGGGUAAGGCUCCAGACACUUCUUGAAACACAGCACAUCUUUAGUUUUUCACUCUUGGAACCAACUUAAAAAAAAAAAACUUUCCUUAAUAAAAAAUGAUCUAUGUUCUUGGUCAAAGGUCGAGGUUGAAAAAGCAAUUUAUGCUUCAAUAUUCAGCAGGCACUUGUGCCAGUGAGAAGCAAAGUUUAAUUUGUCAGACAAGCUGUUUGCUCUGUUUCAGAGUAAAUAGUGGCCGCUGUAUUCUCAUUAACGCAGACGCUUCUUUCGUCAUCUCUGGGAUGUGGGGAUAUAGUCCUGUCAAGUGUCACUAGAGUAUUGGUCUGACUUUUUUUGUUGGGCAUGGAAACAUCAAAAUGACAAUUGCCAACAAAAAAAAGGUCAAUUGAUGUGUGUGUCUACUGGACAAGUCAUCAAGAGAAAGCAAUACAGCCAAAAAUACUCAUCCCAGCAGGAAAUUGAUUGUUGUGGUGAAAAAUGUGUAGCUUUUCACUCAAGGCAAUGCCUACUAAAUCAUAAGGUUUCAGGAAAGUUUAUUCAUGUAUGAAAGAUGACAGGUUUUUACAUUCCCAAAAUCUUUGGAGAGGCUGUAGUAUCUAAUUUGAGUUCAGUGACCUACUGUAUAACAGCAAUAUGCUUUAAGUCAUUCUGAGGAAAAAAGGAUCAAGGGAUAGACACAAAGUAACAUAGGUCAGCUUCAGGAAAUAAAAAUCCAGAAAAUGUAUAUUUCUCAUGAGCCAUAAAAUGUGUUCUUACCAAGGUUUAAACACCCAUUGGUAACACUGUAAAUUAAGUGUUUCUAACUACAUACAGUAGUAACACAGUAAUGUUGCCAGUUGCUAGCCAGCUUUUGUAAUUACAUUGUAUGUACACAUGUUGUGUAUUUACAAUGUAGUUAGAAUGUAAACACACAUGCACUUACAGUGUAGUUAGAGACACAACAUAAACCUUAGUACUACUGUAACUGUUCCCCCCUCUCACGUAUUCAGUUAACUCUGAGGACACGCUACCUUUUAGAUCAUUUUCCCACUGCUUAUCCUUUAUAAUCAAAUACAUUCUAGUAGAUAUCUAACAAAAGCAAAUGUUCCAGGGGGUUACAUAACACAUAGGACAUGACCUCAUAAUUUUAACUGUAUGUUAUUUUGUGUCCAAUUACUAGACUUUUACUUAGAGUAGGUGAACUAGAUUGCAUAUUUAUGAUUGGUAAAAAUAAAACUGUAUCAUUGAA